AACACAUUUCACUGUCCAUGAGUCUGACAGAGAGGGAGGAGCAGGAGGAGGAGCAGGAGCAGAGUAGUGAAUUCAGUCAGAGCUCAGACGGUGUUUUUUCCUCCCGCUGAGGAGAAUCUGACGGCAUGACGGCGACUUCCUGAGAGACACAGAGAGAGAGAGAGAGAGAGAGAGAGAGAGAGAGGGAGAGAGAUCCUACCCUCAGUUUCCACGGUGACGGCAUCCCUCCACCCUCCUCCUCCUCCUCCUCCUCCUCCUCCUGCUCCUCCAUCAUCAUCUCUCCGUCCGGCUGCUGUCGGCUCGUCGGCGUCGUCAGGAUGGGAGAUAAAGGAACCAGAGUUUUUAAGAAAGCCAGUCCCAAUGGAAAGCUCACCGUCUAUCUGGGAAAGAGAGACUUUGUGGACCACGUGGACCUGGUGGAGCCUGUCGACGGUGUUGUCCUGAUCGACCCGGAGUACCUGAAGGAGAGAAAAGUGUUUGUGACUCUGACCUGUGCGUUCCGUUAUGGUCGUGAGGACCUGGAUGUCCUUGGGUUGACAUUUCGGAAAGACUUGUUUGUGGCGAACGUCCAGGCGUUUCCUCCACUGCCCGAAGAGAAGAAGAGCCUGACUCGUCUUCAGGAGCGCCUGAUUAAAAAACUGGGAGAACACGCCCACCCGUUCACCUUUGAGAUUCCUCUGAACCUGCCAUGCUCUGUCACCCUGCAGCCGGGCCCCGAGGACACUGGGAAGGCCUGUGGAGUCGACUUCGAGGUGAAAGCUUUUUGCGCAGAAAAUGUUGAAGAAAAGAUCCACAAAAGGAACUCGGUGCGUCUGGUGAUCCGUAAGGUUCAAUAUGCUCCAGAGAAACCUGGUCCUCAGCCGACUGCGGAGACCACCAGACAGUUCCUGAUGUCAGACAAACCUCUGCACCUGGAGGCCUCUCUGGACAAAGAGAUUUAUUACCACGGUGAACCGAUCAGCGUCAAUGUCCACGUCACCAACAACACCAACAAGACUGUGAAGAAGAUGAAGAUCUCAGUGCGACAGUACGCUGACAUCUGCCUGUUCAACACGGCUCAGUACAAAUGUCCGGUGGCCACCGAGGAGUCAGAUGACGUCGUUGCUCCCAGUUCGACCUUCUGCAAAGUGUUCACUCUCACGCCGUUUCUAGCCAACAACCGCGAGAAACGAGGCCUCGCUCUGGACGGGAAACUGAAGCACGAGGACACGAACCUGGCCUCCAGCACACUGUUAAGAGAAGGAGCCAAUAAGGAGAUCCUCGGCAUCAUCGUGUCGUACAAAGUCAAAGUGAAGCUGGUGGUGUCUCGAGGCGGGCUCCUGGGAGAUCUGGCAGCGAGCGACGUCUCUGUUGAGCUGCCUUUCACAUUAAUGCACCCGAAGCCGCUGGAAGAAUCCAUCUACAGAGACGCUCCUGAUGAAGCUCCGAUCGACACAAACCUGAUUGAGUUUGACACAAACGACGAUGACAUCAUCUUCGAAGACUUUGCCCGCCAGCGGCUGAUUGGGGCGAAGGACGACAAAGAGGAAGAGGAGGAGCCGGUGGACUCGCCCAAACUGGAUGACAGAUAA